ACCACUCAGCCCAGCUGUUCCCCUGACUCAUGGAAAAUUACUGCAGUGAGGGAGGGAGAGCCCACAGUGUGUGUGUGUGUGUGUGUGUGUGUGUGCGUGCGCUCUUGUGUGUGUCCGUGCAUGUGUGUGAAUGAAUCUGCAAUACAUCCAUGCCUGUCUGAUCUAAUAUGUCCUUCUACUGUCUCAACAGACAAGGGAGGGAGGAGUGUGUGUGUGUGUGUAGUGUGUCAGGCCACUGGAUGUAAAAUAAAAGUCUCAAAGAGACUGGGCUUCGCCAUGAUUCAAUCUAAGCCUGGUCCAGCCACAUCAGAUGAGAGCAGAGGGGGAAUCCUUAUUUUCCAUGACCCAUGACAUAGCAAUGAAUAGCAGACUGUUUGAGUGAAUGAUAUGUCAUUAAGUGUCCAUUAUAAUAGAGAUGAUUGAUGGAUUGUGGCAGGAGAGGAAACCACCCAUCUUCCUCUAGUAAUGGAGAACACAUUUAGCUGGCUAUACCAGGCUAGCACUACUGGCUGGGGCCUAUUUCUUUUGUGUGGCAUGUCUUCAUGCUAGGAGGAUAGGCAUGUACUCAUGUAAUGUCCCCUUCCUUGUUUAUCCAUGUCAUAUAGAGAUCUACUGUGUGUAGGACUGUAGGUGCUACUUGUCAUAGAAGUUAAGGAGUUGUUUGUCGUCUCAGCCAGCUGAUGGCAGUGAUGCCACUGAAUGCUACAGAUUGCUACAGUACAGUACUGUAGAGAGAGCUGCAGGUUUCAUUGGGACGAGGAUCCCAUAGGGACUGGGUGAGCUUAUUUUACCAGUGUGUCAUCAGACAGGAUGGCCACCAGCCUCAGUGUCCUGUAGUAAUAUCUCGGUGGGCUCCACUGUCCUACUGUCAGCCCACAGAUGAGAGCAGAGGGCCUUACCAAUACCUAUGCAAGAAAGAGAACAACAGUUUCAGGUGUGCAUUGUCAAACGUCCAUUACCUGUGAAAGUCAGUGAGGAGUGGAGGAAAAACCAGAAUCCUGUUAAAUAAUGUAGAACCAUUUGAAAGUGAGUAUACAGGCAGCCAUGUUGAAUGAAGUUUGAGGCAUGCCUGAUGAUGAGUGUAGGGCAUGUAACUACAUGUAGUCGCCCUGUUAAUCCAUGUCAUAUGAGAAAUGAGUGUGUAGAGCUGUAAGGGUGUAACUAGCAUGCAUGAGAAGGGUUAGAGAGAUGAUUGGUAGCGCAGCCAGAUGAUGCAGUUGAUGCCAUGAUAAUGAUACAGACAGUGACUGAGGAGAGCGCCAUGAUGAAAUGGGGAGAGCACCCAUGGGAAAUGGUGUGAGCCAUGUAAGUGUGUCACAGACCAGGAAUGAUAUAAUGGGUGGGGAUCCAUGAAUCAAGGGAGACAGAUGUUAAAAUGCAGAGAAAAGUUAGAGUAGCCAUGUUGAAAUGAAGUAUAGAGCAGCCAUAUGAAAUGAGUGUAGAGCAGCCAUGAUGAAAUGAGUGUAGGCAGCCAUGAUGAAUGAGGUGAGCAUGAUGAAAUGAGGUGUAGAGCAGCCAUGAUGAAAUGAGGUGUAGAGCAGCCAUGAUGAAAUGAGGUGUAGAGCAGCCAUGAUGAAAUGAGGUGUAGAGCAGCCAUGAUGAAGGGAGAAAUGUUUACCAGCCCUGAGCCAGUGUAGCCAUCUGUCUGUCUGCAGGGAGUGGGAGGGGUCUGUCUCUCUCUGGGGGUGGAGACUAGAGAGCUUGGGCUAGACAAUGGUUGUGUGACUGACUGGACGGGUGGAUGGAUCAGGCAGGAGAGGCCCAGGCAGAGAAAGAGUGAGGAAACACAUACAGUUGAAGUCGGAAGUUUACAUACACCUUAGCCAAAUACAUUUAAACUCAGUUUUUCACAAUUCCUGACAUUUAUUUCUAGUAAAAAUUCCCUGUCUUAGGUCAGUUAGGAUCACCACUUUAUUUUAAGAAUGUGAAAUGUCAGAAUAAUAGCAGAGAGAAUGAUUUAUUUCUUUCAUCACAUUCCCAGUGGGUCAGAAGUUUACAUACACUCAAUUAGUAUUUGGUAGCAUUGCCUUUAAAUUGUUUAACAUGGGUCAAAUGUUUCGGGUAGCCUUCCACAAGUUUCCCACAAUAAGUUGGGUGAAUUUUGGCCCAUUCCUCCUGACAGAGCUGGUGUAACUGAGUCAGGUUUGUAGGCCUCCUUGCUCGCACACGCCUUUUCAGUUCUGCCCACACAUUUUCUAUAGGAUUGAGGUCAGGGCUUUGUGAUGGCCACUCCAAUACCUUGACAUUGUUGUCCUUAAGCCAUUUUGCCACAACUUUGGAAGUAUGCUUGGGGUCAUUGUCCAUUUGGAUGACCCAUUUGCGACCAAGCUUUAACUUCCUGACUGAUGUCUUGAGAUGUUGCUUCAAUAUAUCCACAUACAUUUCCUUCUUACAUUUACAUUACAUUUAUGUCAUUUAGCAGACGCUCUUAUCCAGAGCGACUUACAGUUAGUGAAUACAUAUUUUUUUUAUACUGGCCCCCCGUGGGAAUCAAACCCACAACCCUGGCGUUGCGAACGCCAUGCUCUAUCAACUGAGCUACAUCCCUGCCGGCCAUUCCCUCCCCUACCCUGGACAACGCUGGGCCAAUUGUGCACCGCCCAUGAGUCUCCCGGUCGCGGCCGGCUGCGACAGAGCCUGGAUUCGAACCAGGAUCUCUAGUGGCACAGUUUGCACUGCGAUGCAGUGCCUUAGACCACUGCGCCACUCAGGAGUUUUCUUCAUGAUGCCAUCUAUUUUGUGAAGUGCACCAGUCCCUCCUGCAGCAAAGCACCCCACAGCAUGAUGCUGCCACCCCCGUACUUCAAGGUUGGGAUGGUGUUCUUUGGCUUGCAAGCGACCCCCUUUUUCUUCCAAACAUAACGAUGGUCAUUAUGGCCAAACAGUUAUAUUUUUGUUUCAUCAGACCAGAGGACAUUUCUCCAAAAAGUACGAUCUUUGUCCUCAUGUGCAGUUGCAAACCGUAGUCUGGCCUUUUUAUGGCGGUUUUGAAGCAGUGGCUUCUUUCUUGCUGAGCGAUAUAGGACUCGUUUUACUGUGGAUAUAGAUACUUUUGUACCUGUUUCCUCCAGCAUCUUCACAAGAUCCUUUGCUGUUGUUCUGGGAUUGAUUUGCACUUUUCGCACAAAAGUACGUUCAAACAGAACGCGUCUCCUUCCUGAGCGGUAUGACGGCUGCGUGGUCCCAUGGGUGUUUAUACUUGCGUACUAUGGUUUGUACAGAUGAACGUGGUACCUUCAGGCGUUUGGAAACCAGACUUGUGGAGGUCUACACAUUUUUUUUUCUGAGGUCUUGGCUGAUUUAUUUUGAUUUUCCCAUGAUGUCAAGCAAAGAGGCACUGAGUUUGAAGGUAGGCCUUGAAAUACAUCCACAUGUACACCUCCAAUUGACUCAAAUGAUGUCAAUUAGCCUAUCAGAAGCUUCUAAAGCCAUGACAUCAUUUUCUGGAAUUUUCCAAGCUGUUUAAAGGCACAGUCAAGUGUAUGUAAACUUCUGACCCACUGGAAUUGUGAUACAGUGAAUUAUAAGUGAUAUAAUCUGUCUGUAAACAAUUGUUGGAAAAAUGACUUGUCAUGCACAAAGUAGAUGUCCUAACUGACUUGCCAAAACUAUAGUUUGUUAACAAGAAAUUUGUGGAGUGGUUGAAAAACGAGUUUUAAUGACCCCAACCUAAGUGUAUUUAAACUUCCGACUUCAACUGUACUCUCGUGUGUUUUGUGGGCUUGUAUAAAUAUCCUUGUGGUUACCGGAAACCCCCAAAAGUCCCCACCAGAAUAGUAAAACAAGUAGAAUUCUCUCUCAAUUUUAGGGGUUAGGUUUAGGGUUACAAUUAGGGUUAUAAAUGGGGUAAGCAGAUUCUGGGAUGAGUCGUUUCUGUCCAUAGAGAGAAUCUAAAUUUCCCUCAGAAGAGACUGAAUGUGGUUGAAUUCAGAGCUGCAAUUUGGAGCUCUCUUUAAGGUGUGACUCUCUGUACUGUUGCCUUCUCCUCUGGCCAUCCAGUUUUAGUUCUCCAGACCUUUUUGUUUCAGUUUAAUUACUGUAAUUCCCUUUCAUCUGCGUCUGAGAGAGCAAAGGAUCUGGAUUAUUCCCCCAGAGCAGACAUGCAUGCUGCUGGUAGUGUUCAAGUAAACCUUAACCAGUGUCCAGUCUAAACUGAGGAAAGGAGAUCUAUUAAAGUUGUACAGCAUAUGAUACGGAAGCUGUUAAAUUGGAUAACAUAGAAGAUGUCUGUUUCUGGCUGCUUGGACUAAUCAACACUUACUUUACUGUUACUACUUCCUAUCACACAAACCAAUAGAUGGCAGUGUUCCUUGCAUAGUGCCCCAUUUCAUUUACAAGAUUGAAUGUUCCAAAAAUUGCACCAUGGCCUGAGCAAGCUCAGGUGAUGCUUAUGUGUCAUUAUGGUGUUAGCAGGGCUACUCUCACUAGACGUUCAUUGAGCAGCACUCUCACCCCAUGACAAGGAAAGUUAAUGAGUUAGGGGGGCAAUGCACUUACCUUACAUCAGCCAUGGUUUUCCUAUGGUGGGUGACAAUUUUUUAAAUUCGUUUCCUAUGGCUGUACUGUCCUAAAUGUAUAAUAAGUCAAUACUACAAACGUUUCAGAGAGGAAGGAUCAUCCAUUGUCCUUUUAUGAGAAGAUAGUGUGACUAUAUUUGUGUUUACCCACAACCCUUUGCAAAACGAAUUUGCAUACUGAAAUGAAUUCUGAAGGAAGAGACAAAUUGUUAGAUUCAGUUUUAUGUUGUUAAAAAGUGUUAACUUUUUAUUUCUAUGUACUUUAUUUCAUAUUUUUAUGUUUAUUCAAAAUGUCCUACUUUUGUGUUUUCCAGGUGGCUUUGCUAGGAAUAGACCUUUUAUCUGCCCUAGUGACAAGGCUACAGGACCGAUUUAGGAACCACGUGGGAACAGGUAAGAUUGUCAUUUUAUUAUCUUAAAAAAUAUCACUUUCUUCAUGCUUAAAUUAGUUCAAAGAAAAAUUGGUUUAGGUUUCUAGACAAAAUGUCAGACUAAAAAUCACUGUAUUGUAUCCCUGCCUAGACUAAACUAUUGAGCGCCAUUGGAUUUUAACUCAUCGUUCACACCUUUAGAUAACAAUGCUAACCCUUCCCCUGUCUGUUCUUCUCUUCUCUCCUCUGUGUCUCCAUCCCUCUGUCCUGUGUGUCUCCAGUACUGCCCAGUCUGAUAGAUCGUCUGGGUGAUUCCAAAGACCAAGUCAGAGAACAAGAUCAAAUCCUGCUGCUGAAGAUCAUGGAGCAGGCUGCCUCCCCACAGGUACAUACACACACACCCCCCACAGGUGGAGCUUUCCUGGGCUAACCUGUCCUCAUAGACAAGCUAUUGACAAAGGUCUUGAGUCAAUCCCACAAUUCCUUCCCUGUUGAUUAAUUCCUGAAUCCCUAGUAGGUUUUGAUUCCUUACUCGAUUGUAUGUUAAUUGAUAUGAUCCUGAUCUGUGAUAAAAAGCGAUUUGAUUGUUGACCUGGUAUAAAUAUCCUGUCCUCUCCUCCCCAGUAUGUGUGGGAUAGAAUGCUGGGAGGCUUCAAACACAAGAACAACAGGACCAGAGAGGGAGUGUGCCUUUGCCUCAUCUCAACGCUCAACAUGUAAGACUCCCUGGCCUCUCAAUAACCCAUCUAUGAAACUGUCUCUUUUCUUACUAUAGAACAGAUGGGCAUUAGAGCUCUCGGCUGAUUUCUUUUAACAUUGCUAAUGUUUUUCAUCAUUCGUUUGUAAUAGACAGGGAAGGAUUCAAUAUACAUUUGUAGAUUUCUGGUUUCUAAUACUCUGAUAGCAAUGGAAAUGUAGCUAACUGCCAAGAGAAUGGAUGAGCCUAGGUUUGAUUUGUGUAUCAUAGGGAAUUUAAAAAUGAUAUUAUGGUAAGGUCUUUAUUGUCAGGAGUCUAUUUUCAGUGAUGCUGAUUCUUACCUAUGAUGUCAUUGGCAUGCUUUCUCUCUCUCCCUCUUUGUUCUUCCAGGUACGGAGCUCAAGGCUUAACCCUCAGUAAAAUAGUCCCUCACAUAUGUAAUCUACUAGGUGAUCCCACCAGUCAGGUACGUACGGCCUGUUUGCUGUGUCAUGAAUCAGUUUAUUACACUGCUGGCCAGGGAGGGGGAGAGUUCUAGCGCAGAUGGACACAAAGGCAUUUCUACAGGGACAUGAAGCCCCCUAGUGGCAGCCACAGAACAGAACAGUGCUAUCUGUUGGGGGAUGCAGACUAAUGUUUCUGUUCGUGACUGUUUCAAGAUCUGUAAACAAAUCAUAUUAGUGUUAGCGUAUACACAUCUGUGAGUGACUGGGGGUUGCAUUCUGUCAGUAGAUAAAGACAUUGUCAUAUUCUAUUGUAGUCCUGUUAGGGCAUGUUCUAGAUUGAACCUUCCCCCCCCUGUUGUCCUCAGGUGAGAGACGGAGCUAUGGGCUGCCUGGUGGAGAUCUACAGACACGUGGGGGAG